GCAGUGCUGUGGCUCCUAGCUAGUGGGAAAAUUGAGACGGAGAGAAACCGAGAGGCACAGCUCAAUAUGUGGCCACAGGGUAGCGUUGCGUGGCGUCUAUAAACUGCUCCGUUCUCGUUCCGUCGUUCAUCAUCUCCAUCCACACUACAAAUCUGAGUCUGAGAAGGCACCGCAGUCGAGAGCAGAGCAUACACCAUUCUCCAGCAGAGCAGCGCAGGCACCACACCGCUCGUCGUCGGCGGGAUGGACGGUGCCGCAGCCACCUGGACGCCCCGGAAGCAGGUGGUGCUGUACCCAUCGCCCGGCAUGGGCCACCUGGUCUCCAUGGUUGAGCUCGGCAAGGUCCUCGCGGCUCGCGGCCUCGCCAUCACCAUCGUCAUCGUGAGCCUGCCGUUCGUCGACACCGGGGCCAGGGGGCCGUUCCUGGCCGGCGUCACCGCGGCCAAUCCCUCCGUCUCCUUCCACUGCCUCCCGCAGGUCGAGGUCCCGCCGCUCGACUCCGACCACCCCGAGGCGGUCACCUACGAGGUCGCCGGCCUCUCCGUCCCGCACCUCCGCGGCUUCCUCGCCGGCGCCUCCCCGGCUGUCCUCGUCGUCGACUUCUUCUGCAGCAUCGCGCUCGACGUCGCCGCGGAGCUCGGCGUCCCAGGGUACUGUUUCUUCACGUCUCCCGCCGAGGCCCUGGCUUUUUUCCUGUAUUUUCCGGUCCUGCAUGCUCGGAGCGCCGCCAGCUUUCAGGAGAUGGGGGAGGAGCUCGUGCACGUGCCGGGGAUCCCCGCGCUGCCGGCGACGCACUUGCCCAAGCCGCUGAUGGACCGUGACGACGCGGCAUACAGAUGGUCCCUGAGAGUCUCCCCCGACCUCUGCCGCUCCCAGGGCAUCAUCGUCAACACCUUCCGCUCGCUCGAGCCACGCGCCGUGGACGCCGUCGCCGCCGGGUUCUGCACGCCUCCCGGCCUCCCGACGCCGCCCUUCUACUGCAUCGGGCCGCUGAUAAAGUCGGAGGAGGUGGGCGUGAAGCGCGGCCACGAGUGCCUGGCAUGGCUGGACACGCAGCUGACGGCCAGCGUGGUGUUCCUCUGUUUCGGCAGCCUCGGCGUGUUCGACGCAAGGCAGAUCAGAGAGGUUGCCAUCGGUCUGGAGGCGAGCGGCAAGAGGUUCCUGUGGGUCGUGCGGAGCCCGCCCAACGACGACCCGGCCAAGAAGUUCGAGGAGCCGCCGGAGCCGGACCUCGACGCUCUCCUCCCGGAGGGCUUCCUGGACCGGACCAAGGGCACGGGCCUCGUCGUCAAGUCAUGGGCGCCGCAGCGCGACGUGCUGGCUCACGGCGCCGUCGGCGGUUUUGUGACACACUGCGGGUGGAACUCCGUGCUCGAGGCGGUCAUGGCCGGCGUGCCCAUGCGGGCCUGGCCGCUGUACGCGGAGCAGCGGAUGAACAGAGUGUUCCUGGAAGAGGAGCUCGGUCUGGCCGUGGCGGUGGAUGGAUAUGACAAGGAGAUGGUGGAAGCCGACGAGGUGGCGGCAAAGGUGAGGUGGUUGAUCGACUCCGACGGUGGGAGGGUGCUUCGGGAGAGGACGACGGCGGCUAUGGGACGGGCCAGGGAGGCGCUGCGCGAGGGUGGGGAGUCCAAUUUGAUGUUGACGGGACUGGUGGAGGGCUGGAUGCUUGGCGACAUGGGACGCGGGUUCAGCUGAGAAGAGAUAGCGUGACUCAUGGCCAUGGAUAUACUAGUAGGGCCAUAGAGAAGCAAGAACAACUGUGAAAUUAAAUCUGCUAUUCAUUAGAUCUCAGUCGACAAAGACUUAAAACUUAAAAAAGUCUCGGUCGAAUGAGAAAACAAAUAAAAGAAUAUUAAAAAAUUACACGGAUCUUCACGUAAGUCUCAUGAAUAUAACAUCGACUGAGACUUCGUUAAA